AUGGAACUUCAAGCUGCGAACAAUAGAGAGGGCGUUCGAGAAACACUGAUUAGAAAAUUAGAGGACGAAAAUAAGGAUUUAAAGAACGUAUCUUUUAAGAGAGAUGGAUUAUUAAUGACGUACGAAACCGAAAUGAAAUCUAUCAAAGGUGAACUUGAAGCUGCGAAUAUCAAAGAACAUGCUAGAGAAUUAAUGAUUAAAAACUUGGAGAAAGAAAAGGAAGAGUUAAAUAAUGAAUCUAAUAAGAGGGAUGAGCUGUUGAAGGAGAGUGAAAUUAAAAUUGAAGCAUUAAAUCUUCAACUUGAAGCUGCUAACAAAAGAGAACAUGCUAGAGAAUUAAUGAUUAAAAACUUGGAGAAAGAAAAGGAAGAGUUAAAUAAUGAAUCUAAUAAGAGGGAUGAGCUGUUGAAGGAGAGUGAAAUUAAAAUUGAAGCAUUAAAUCUUCAACUUGAAGCUGCUAACAACAGAGAACAUGCUAGAGAAUUAAUGAUUAAAAACAUGGAGAAAGAAAAGGAAGACUUAAAUAAUGAAUCUAAUAUGAGGGAUGAGCUGUUGAAGGAGAGUGAAAUUAAAAUUGAAUCAUUAAAUCUUCAACUUGAAGCUGCUAACAACAGAGAAGAAGUUCUUGAAUUAAUGAUUAAAGAACUAAAGAGAGAAAAAGAGGAAUCUUAUGAGAAGUGGGAUGAACUAGACGAAGUUCGUGAAUUAGUGAUUAAAGAACUAAAGGAAGAAAAAGAGGAAUGUUAUGAGAGGCGGGAUGAACUGUUGAAAGCAAAAGAAUUGCAAAUUGAAUCAGUUAAAUCUGAACUCGAAGCUGCAAACAAAAGAGAAAAAGCUAAAGAACUAAGGACAAAAGAAUUUAUGGAAGAAAGGGAUGAGUUAAAGAAGGUUUCUUAUGAGAAAAAUGAAUUAUUGAAAGCAUGCGAACUUCAAAUAACGUCAAUAAAUCUUGAACUUGAGGCAGCGAACAAUAG